AGUCAAAGGGUAUUGUACCGGAAACCUUUUAGCAAGGAUAGCAGCUUCUGCGGAACUCGAUGACUACUCCACCCAAAUGACGGCGGACUAGAAAAUCUAGAUUUCGCCUCCACAAUUUCAAAGCCUACUGACGAGGCUUCACCAUGUUGAUUGGACUGUUUUUACCAGAACCAUCCUCCGGCUGAUUUCCCUUUCUGCAGUUCGCGGGACCGAACCACCUUUCGUCGCAGCUUUUCUGCUGGACAUUCGUUCUUUGGAACCGUAAAGUUGCGAUAUUGGCAAUUGGAACAGAUCCAUUCCUUUACCCUUCGAUUAAAGUACUUGGAUGAAUCGCAGUUUUCACAGGCCCACCAACCACGUCCUCCUCGGAAAUUGUUCGGGACAUCAGGUUCUGUCACGGUGCCAUGGCGGAUCUCUUCUGGUCGCGGUGGCACAGAGCUUGCCUGAUCCUUAGUAGCCUGAGCUUCUAGCUUGGCAGCAGAGGGAAGGGGGGUGGACAUGUUCAACUCGAAGCACAAAAGGAGGAGACCCUCAAGUCGGCUGAGGGGCGGUAGAUGUUGCAGACCACUUGACUGAUCGAGAGUUGCGAUGUGAUGACCGUGUUUUGUGGGUGACAGGCCAGUCGUCCAUCCCUUCUCAUACCCCACCAAGCGGUACCGGUACACGUACCGGUUUUAUAUUAGCGACCGUGACCCCGGCGCCAACGCUCUUUUGCCACUUUCUAGCCUCGCCAUGGAGCCGGCACCAAUUUUCCUCCGUCGACGGCGAUCCAUCGACUUGCCCAAAUAUUACAGCUGUUAGCAUGUUAGCACGCAAACAAUCUCCCCAUCUAGAUAAUAUCUUUGCUACUUGUAGAGCACGAAUUCCAGAGGUACCGUAGUAUACAUAGUGCAGGCAAGCAUUCAGAAGAAACUUUUCAUGGAUUGUUGAAGAUGGUUCGUUUCUUGCAACAACACAAAAACAAUCAGAAGACUGAAAAGCCCAUGACAUCCGCAUUGAUAUUCUUGGCAAUUCUAUUGAGUGCGGGGAAUCUAAUGAUCAGCCAUGCGAAUCAGAUCAUGGAGCUCACUUUAGGGGGUGCUGCUUUGCAGCAUCUUGAUGAAGUUAGAACUAAUCAAACAACAGUCUUGGUUGGCAUCCAAUCGAAUAUCAAGGCGCACUAUGAGAGGGCAUCUGCUUUCUUGAAGGGAGCCUUUUCUAAAUCCUGCAAUGAGCACAGUCCAGAGGCUUUUCAGAACUACAGGGGAAAAAUAGAAGAAGUAGAUCAUGCCAACACUACUCAUUGGUGUGUCAUAUCCCCCUCCAAGAUGCCAAUUAAAGUGAAAUGGUUUGAUCAUUUCCCACACUGCAUGGAAGUGACCCUGCCAUGCUGGUCCUGGUUUCGAUCACAACAUGCUACUAAUGAUUGUGGAUUUGUCCUUGUGGGAGGUCUCAGAUUUGAUUUGCUGGGAAACAACACAUGGCAGAAUCAGCUUGUUACAAAACACAUGGGGUGUAAGGUUUGGCAUGUACCGAAUGAGCAAUCCAUAUCAAGCAAUGAAGGGGUUUUCCACAGCCCAAAUUUGAGAUUAUUGAGACCCACAUUUGGACGACGCCGAUACUUGCAUGAUCCUGAUGAUGCCCAAGCAUUGAGAAGAGUUGUGGGGGUGACUGAUGCUUGGGUGGAAUCACAGAAGGGUGGUGGGAAGCCACUUCAGAUUGGCAUCAUUCAGAGAACUAAUAAGAGAGUUGUGACCAAUAUGAAUGAUGUUGCCAAGGGCCUGCAACAAGCUCUGCCUGAAGCCAAUGUUACAAUAUCCACAUUUGGUUACCCAACAGUACUUGAACAGGCCAAAUGGUUUGCUUCCAAGCAUGUCAUUGUGGCCGUCCAUGGAGCUGCCCUUACCAAUUCAGUUUUUGCAACCAAGGGAACCUUUAUUCUUCAGCUGCAUCCUCCUGGCUUUUUUUGGACGUCGCUUGACCCCUUGAUUGAUCAGAGUGGUGCAAUUGCCCUUGAUUGGUACAAAGGAGAUCAUCCAGUGAUGGAAUCUCUCGAGGUCAUCAAGAAUCCUAAUCGAAAGAAUCAAAUGCAGCAUCAGGACUUUGAAGUUCCUGUUGAUGAGAUUGUUGACAUUGUGCUUGUAGCAUUGGACAAGAAGGAAGCUACUCCACUUAUGAUCAAGAAAUCUAGCAUUGGAUAAGAAAGAAGCCACUCCCUUUAUGAUGAAGCAAUCUAAAUUCUACUGUGCGCCCACAGAAGAAAUUCAACUGAUCCGUCGGGAGACACUGCAAGGUACGAGUACAGUACCUCAUGGAAAGAGUUGCCCAUGCAUACGCAGCAACGGCAGGACAGCAUCGUCAGCCUUAGUGAUCAUCGUCACAGGAAUGAGGUGCGAGCUACACGUGAGGCCCAAAGAACUCUAUGGUACCGCUAUGGUGUUGGCCAUUCAGUACCGACCGUAAUGUAGCCUAUGCUUCGGGCUGGAUAGAUCUAGCUUCUACAGCAAACAUAACGGUAGCGAAACUAACAAUCUUAGAUUCAAUCUUAGCAUA